AUGAAGUUGAAGAACGCAGUAUUCCUUUGUGUAGUCAUAGGCUGUAUGGCCAUGCCCACGGAAAUGCAGCCAGCAGAGGAUAAAAAUCCAGCCAUGGAAACUAAAAACGAAAUGGGCGUGCCAAUGACUGAAAAUAAAACUGUCGCUGAAGCGGAGGCAUUAAUUGAAAGCCUAACCAAAAAAACUAUGGAAAAAGAAGAUAAAGAGGCGGAAAACAAAAUUGAAACCCCCGAUUCCAAAAUUCAAGGAAAAAGUGCAGAAAAUGUAGAACAAGAUAAUAAGGAUGACAAGGAACUGACCACAGAAGAAAAUAAUAAAAACAAAAAAGAUAUGGAAAAUAAGAAAAAUGCCGAAGAUACAGAAAAUCAAAGUGGUUCUUGGAAUGAUUUCAAUGAUAGCUUUUGGUCGUUGCAACAUCGUUAUCCCGAUUUGACACAUGAGGAAUUUCAUGAGAUCAAUCAUGAAGAUGCUAUACCAUUGAAUUUUCUAAAAAGUUUUGCCAUUAACAGUGAAGAGGUGAUUAAAGAGGUGGAAGAAAAAUUGAACACCUCCCCAAAAAUAGCUCCUGAAUUAUAUUUAUAACCUGAAAGGCCAAUUUAUUUGACAAUACCCAUUGUGAUCAACUCCCAUUCGACACUGCCCAUUUCAUUGUCCAUAGGUGGUAAUAAAAUCCCUUUGGAAAUGAAUAAUAAGGAGGUGAUUACACCUCCUCUAAUUAAGAAAGUCCAUUAUGCUUCACCACCACCCAGGGAAACAAAUCGUCAUCGCAGUAAUUUACGUACCAAAAUCUAUGCCAGAAAUAAACGUCACGAAGUUGCAGAAUUUGAAAGGGAGAUUUAA